CUUUCCCCGCCACGAGCAUGGUGGGGCAACAAAACUUCCAAGUUCAUCUACGCAGUCGCCCCAAAAGAAAAGCCAUCGAGUCACGAAGCUAUAUAUCGGAAGUUGACUCGGUUCGUCCGUCUCGCGCGCCCGCUUCCCUCGUUCGAAGUCGUCACUCUCGCGGCUUCUUUCGAAUCGAGUCCGUCCACUGACACUUUGCCCGCAACGAUUCAGACAACGACAAAUUUGACAAAUAUGUCCAACAACGUUCAGGAGUCUUGGGAGGAUGACCCGGCGGCCCAGGACGAGAACCUGGCGCGCCAGACUCAGCAGCAGAUGAACAUUGGCACUCAGCAGCCUCAGGGAGGAGGCUUCCGUCCUAAUGCUGCUGCCUUUCAGCCCACAGCGCACCCUUUCCAGCCGGGCGCUCCUGCGUUCAAUAUGGGCGGUGGCUACGGGCAGUAUCAACAACCGUACUAUGGCGGCCAAGGGUAUUAUCCUCAAUACGGGGGCCAACAGGGCUAUGGGCAGUAUGCUCAACAGGGCUACGGCGGGAUUUAUGGCCAGGGCAACUACGCCGGCCAGCAGCAGCAGCAAUACGGUCAAUGGCAGAAUUACCAUCAGCAAGGCCAGCAAUUCCAGCAGCCCCAGCAAAACCAGGCACAACAGCAGGCCCCUAAGCAGACGCCCACCAUCGCGAAACGGCCGACUGGCACCCCUGCGGCAGCAGAUACGCCGAAGCCGACUGUCGCCAAGGAGGGCGGCGCAAAAGUCCUGAGCAUUGGCGGGGACGCGCCCAAGCCCAAAGCUAAGGUCCUUUCUAUCGGCGCAACUGCCCCUGCUAAGGAGGAACCGAAGAAGGAAGAGAGUAAGAAGGAAGAGGCCAAGAAGGAGGGUACUGCGGAAGCUGCAGCUAAGGUCACGGCGACCAAGGCGAUUGAGAAGACGGAUUCCAGGGCGGCCAGCGGAAAGACGUCACCCACACCAUCCUCCGGCCGGUCCAGCCCGUCUCGCGCGGCUCCCAAGGCUGCCAUGCGUGACGCCGACGCUGUCGAAAAGGAGCAGACCGCCGACGUGGAUGACGAGACACUGAAGGAAAUUUACGGCAAGGAGCACGUCAACAUCAUCUUCAUUGGCCACGUUGAUGCCGGCAAGAGCACGCUUGGCGGUUCCAUCUUGUACGUCACAGGAAUGGUGGACCAGCGGACGCUGGACAAAUACAAGCGAGAAGCCAAGGAGAUGGGCCGUGAAUCGUGGUACCUGUCGUGGGCUCUCGACUUGACCAACGAGGAGCGCGCCAAGGGCAAGACGGUCGAGGUCGGACGUGGGUUCUUCGAGACGGAUAAGCGGAAAUACAGCAUCCUCGACGCACCCGGUCACAAGAAUUAUGUGCCUCACAUGAUCGGCGGUGCCUCGCAAGCCGACGUUGGCAUCCUGGUUAUCAGUGCACGGAAGGGCGAGUACGAGACCGGUUUCGAAAAAGGUGGUCAAACCCGUGAGCAUGCCAUGUUGGCCAAGACGCAGGGUGUCAACAAGCUGGUGGUCGUUAUCAACAAGAUGGACGACCCAACCGUCAACUGGUCGCACGAGCGCUAUGUGGAGUGCACCACCAAGCUGCAGCAGUUCUUGAAGGCUACUGGGUACAACCUGAAGACGGACGUCUUUUUCAUGCCCAUUGCUGCCCAGCAGACCCUCGGCAUCAAGGAUCGCGUACCCAAGGACAUCUGCCCGUGGUAUGACGGCCCGUCACUCCUCGAAUACCUCGACGGCAUGCAGGCCUUGGAACGAAAGGUCAACGCGCCGUUCAUGAUGGCCGUUGCCGGCAAGUACCGUGACAUGGGCACCAUGGUUGAAGGCAAGAUUGAGGCGGGCGUCAUCAAGAAGGGGAUGAACUUGAUCAUGAUGCCCAACAAGCAGCCGGUCGAUGUGGCAGCUGUAUAUGGCGAGACUGAAGACGAGAUAUCCAUUGCUCAGUGUGGCGACCAAGUGCGCCUCCGUCUUCGAGGCAUCGAGGAAGAGGAGAUCUUGCCGGGUUUCGUGCUCUGCUCGCCCAAGCGCCUGGUGCACAACGUAUCUCAGUUUGAGGCACAGAUCCGCAUUCUGGAUCUGAAGAGCAUUCUCACCGCCGGGUUCAACUGCGUACUGCACGUCCACGCCGCCAUCGAGGAGGUCACCUUCGCCGCUCUGCUCCACAAGCUGCAGAAGGGUACCAACAGGAAGAGCAAGCUCCCUCCUUCGCACGCUAAGAAGGGCGAUAGCAUCAUCGCUAUCCUGCAGGUAACAGGCAGUGCCGGGUCCGUCUGCGUGGAGAGGUUUGAGGACUAUCCCCAGAUGGGUCGCUUCACCUUGCGUGACCAGGGACAAACAAUUGCCAUUGGCAAGAUCACCAGGCUCAUCACUGAUUCUGACUCCGCUUAAGUUGGGGUUGGAAUCGGGUUGUCACCUGCAUGAGGUAGUUCGAAUUUGACAUAGAUUUCAUGGCUUGUUGACUGCACAUCGUUUGCCUUUUCGAUAAGUGAUCUUACCGUAGUUGGCCCUUAAAAUGCACCUGGAACCGAUCCACGACUUGGAUGGCCGUCGUAAAUAUUGUCCUAUGACCCAGGAAACAACUUCUUGUGUCUAUUAUCAGGUUCUCUGUUUCGGACAGGGUCUAUCCGCGCUUGCCUUCGAGCGGGGGCCCAAGGCGGGGCAACC